AUGCCUCCAGAUAGGGGCCGUGCCUCCAAGGCCUGCACUUCUUGCCGGAGACAGAAGACCAGAUGCUACGAAUCGGGCAUUUCGGGGACACCUUGCCUGCGAUGCGAACGACUGAACCAGAGAUGCUCUUUUAUAGAUGAUGUCGUCACUGAAGAGCCUGUACCAUCGGGGUCAAACACUGAUACUCGGCUAGAGCGACUUGAAAAGACAGUCUCCCACCUUCUCAAUCGGCUAGGAGAUGAUUCCUCGCAGCUCGCCCAUGAUACUCCUGCGGAAUUCAAUCCAGCCCAAACAAUAACUCGGGAUUCUGGCAACCCAAUACCGAAGGGCAAUGACCCUGCCGCCGCACCGGUCAUGGUAAUUCGCGAUUUAGCGGCUGAUACGGGUAUCGAGCUGGCCAACACAACACAAAACGUAUCAAUAGAUAGGCUCGUUUCGGCAGACCUUGCUCUUGAACUGAUAUCCAUAUUCUCAGAGAAUUAUGGGCGAUGGGUCCUGUUUGACCCAGACGAUGAUGCCCAUUCCCUGCUCCUUCGCGUCAGGAAAUCACCCCUCCUUUUCUGCGCGUGCUGCCUAAUCGCCGUGCGUCAUACCUCGCAAGACCUCGCUGCCAAUCUCGCUCCAAAGCUCUACGAGAGUGCGCGUUCUUUAAUUCAGAGCGCGCUUUUAGUAUCGCCACAGCCGAUUGAGUUCUUCCAAGCUGUUAUUGUUCUCUGUAUGUGGUCUACUACAGUCGGACAGGUGCCCCUCAGUAUCGACAGCUGGCUGCUGAGUGGAUUUGCUCUGCAGCAUUGUCAGUCUAGCUCACUUUUCUCUGUUGUCACCAAUCCAUCCUCAGCUGCAUCUGAAAUUGAUAAAUCUACUCUCAACAUAUGGUUCUUGUGGAACCAUAUUUGUCUGGUCCAUCUUCACUAUUGCGUCGGCACCAGCCGGAGGUCAAUGCUACAGGAUUGGCAUAUUGCACGGUGCCGUGCCAUUGUUGCUUCGGACAGGGCAACAAACUAUGAGCUGCGGAUGGUAGCAGAAAUUCACCUUUACCGUACUGUUUAUGACCUCUUAACUGGCCUAAUAGACAUUUCGCAGUCUGUGGCGGGCCUUCUGACUUGGAGAAAAGAAUGGCAGUUUGUUCUGGAACAACCAAGGGCACAAUUCCUGAUGAUGGGCUUCCAUUUCUCCCAUCUACUUCUGUACGACCAAUUUCUUAAGGCGAAAUCCGUCCGAUCACAGGAAGCGGUCGUAUCUGAGAUGAUUACACACGCUACGGCGAUCAUUAGACUGGCCAUUGACACCAUGGACGAGCGAACACGUCAUCUAAGCGACCACAUCUACCACAUGAUCACAUUCGCUGCAGUCAUCAUAUGCCGCAUUAUGGGAGCCCCCGAACAUUACCCCGAAAUUGCCUAUAAAGCCGAGGAGUUGGAUACCCUGAUAUCAAGCCUGGUACAAUGGCUUCAGUCCAUCGGCCUCCCCUGUCAUGCGGCCCAUACGUUUGGGACCAUUAUUGCCCAAGUCCAACAAAAGGCGCGGCCUCAGGUGGACGCGAACACUUCGAGCCCCGUGCAGGCAGGCGAUAUAUUACCUGACGAGUUCACUAGAUUCUACUUCCCAGAGUUUCUCGGUGUCGGGGCAACGCCUAAUGGAAGUUGGGAUUUAGCGCCUAAUUUCUCGUUCUUCUCCCAGGAUUAUCCUCUUCCGGAUGGGAUUAAUUGA